AUGUGCAAGAAGAAUUUCAGUGGGUUGGAAGUCAGCCUCAUCGGCCUCUUCUGCCUGGUGUCUGCUGUGGCCUGUGUCCUCAUAGGGCUUUUAGCAUCAGGACAAUCUGGAGUGAAACCUAAGGAAUUUUCACCAGAAUGUCCCAACAUAUUAAUAGCAGAGAGAAUUGACUGCAUCCCGGAUCAAGUAGCAACAAAGAGCACCUGCAAACAGCGUGGCUGCUGCUGGAGUCCCCAGAGUGAUACCAGUGUACCCUGGUGUUUUUUCUCUUCAAACCAUGGAUACAAAGUGGAUGGGUCAACAAGAACAACUCAGGCAGGAUUUGAGACCACAUUAACCAGGCUGCCAUCACCUACCCUCUUUGGAAAUGAUGUCAACACCGUCCUCCUCACAGCAGAGUAUCAGACACCAAAUCGCUUCCACUUCAAGAUCACUGAUCCUAAUAAAGAGCGAUUUGAAGUCCCCCAUGAGCAUGUGAAACCUUUCACUGGAUCUGCAGCCUCUGAUCUCAAGUAUAAAGUGGAGGUGAAGCCCAACCCCUUUGGCAUCGUGGUGACCAGAGUGAGCAACGGCAGAGUGCUGUUUGAUACUACUAUUGGACCUCUUCAGUAUGCUGACCAGUUUUUACAGCUGUCCAUCAAACUUCCCAGCAAGAACAUUUAUGGUGUGGGAGAGCACGUGCAUAAGCAGUACCAGCACGAUGUGAACUGGAAAACCUGGCCCAUGUUCAGCAAGGAUCUUGGCCCCUCUGGAGCAAUGCAUAACUUAUAUGGAGUUCAAACUUUCUUCCUGUGUUUGGAAGACAAGACUGGAGCCUCCUUUGGUGUUUUCCUAAUGAACAGCAAUGCCAUGGAGUUUGCAGUGCAGCCUGCUCCAGCAGUGACCUACAGAACCAUUGGUGGGAUCCUUGAUUUCUAUGUCUUCUUGGGGAACACUCCAGAGGAAGUAGUCCAGGAGUACUUGAAGUUCGUGGGACUACCACUAUUGCCUUCCUACUGGAGCCUGGGCUUCCAGCUCAGCCGCUGGAAUUACGGGUCUCUGGAAGAGGUGAAGAGAGUUGUGAAGAGGAACAGGGCGGUUGGACUCCCCUAUGAUGCUCAGAUCACUGAUAUUGACUAUAUGGAGAAAAAGAAAGAUUUUACUUAUGACAAAGUGGCGUUUCAGGAUCUCCCUAAUUUUGCAUCUGAUAUGCAUGACCAUGGACAAAAAUAUAUUAUUAUAUUGGAUCCUGCUAUCAGCACAGAAAAACUGGUUGAUGGUAACCUCUAUGGAAGCUACAUCAGGGGAACGAACAAAAAAGUCUGGGUUAACGAAUCAGAUGGAGUGACAACAUUAGUUGGGGAGGUGUGGCCAGGGGAAACUGUUUUUCCAGACUUCACCAACCCAGAGUGCACUACCUGGUGGGUGGAUGAGUGCAAACGGUUCUAUGACAUAGUGCCUUAUGAUGGGAUCUGGAUUGAUAUGAAUGAAGUAUCCAACUUCGUUCAAGGUUCAGUAAAGGGAUGUUCAAAGAAUGACUUAAACUAUCCUCCAUUCACUCCCAAUAUUGUCGACAGGCUCAUGUUUUCCAAGACGCUUUGUAUGGAUGCACAGCAGAAGUGGGGGAAGCAUUAUGAUGUCCACAGUCUUUAUGGAUAUUCUAUGGCCAUAUCAACACAGAAAGCCAUCCAGACAGUGUUUCCUGGAAAAAGAAGCUUCAUUAUUUCAAGGUCUACUUUUGUUGGAUCAGGAAAGCACACAGGACACUGGCUGGGAGAUAAUGCAGCAACAUGGGAACAUCUAAGAUGGGCAAUACCUGGAAUGCUGGAGUUUAACCUCUUUGGAUUUCCUUAUAUUGGAGCAGAUAUUUGUGGUUUCUUUGACAACACCACAGAAGAACUUUGCAGACGAUGGAUGCAAGUAGGAGCAUUUUACCCAUUUUCCAGGAAUCACAAUGCAGAAGGAUUCAUGUCUCAAGAUCCAGCUGCAUUUGGACCUGAUUCAGUCUUGGUGAAAACUUCCAAGUAUUACUUGAACAUUCGCUACACUUUGCUGCCCUAUCUGUACACACUCUUCUAUAAAGCUCAUACUCAAGGGGACACAGUCGUACGGCCAGUUUUGCAUGAGUUCUACACUGAUGAAGAGACUUGGGGCAUUGAUAGGCAAUUCCUAUGGGGUCCUGGCCUGCUUAUUUCCCCUGUACUUGAUCCGGGCGUGAAUGAAACUAGAGCAUAUAUUCCUGAUGCAGUUUGGUAUGAGUAUGAUACAGGGGCAAAAAUCUUCAUCAGAAAACAGUGGACUUACCUGCACCUGCCAGCAGACAAAAUGGGGCUCCAUUUGAGAGGAGGCUAUGUUUACCCUACUCAACAGCCAGCUAGCACAACAGUUGCAAGUCGCAAGAAUCCAAUGGGACUUAUAAUUGCUCUGGAUGACAACCAAGCUGCUUCUGGGAACUUGUUCUGGGAUGAUGGAGAAUCCACAGGUACAGUUGACAGCAAAGCCUACAUUUACUAUGACUUUACAGUUUCCAAUCCUGUUCUACAAAUGGAUGCUAUAAACAGCAAAUACAUUGAUCCAAACAACUUGACAUUUGAAGAAAUCAAGAUAUUGGGAGUGCCCCAGGAAAUAAAGACAGUUACUGUAUCUCAGAACAAUGUUGAGGAAAAUUAUCCACUCAAUAUCACCUAUGACCCCCAAGCAAAGGUUGCUCACAUAGCAGGACUUAAACUUGAACUGGGAAAAUCUUACACAGUGAAAUGGACACAACAACAGAGUAUUAAUGAAAGGUUUAAUUGUUAUCCCAGUCCCAAUCCAACACAAGAAAAAUGUGAACAACUCGGCUGUGUCUGGAAACCAGAACCAUCAAACCCUGAUGUUCCAGACUGCUAUUACAGCUCUGACAAUGCUUACUCUGCAGACAAAGUAGAAUACACCUCAUCAGGUGUUACAGCCAACCUCAUCUUAAACAGCAACAAGAACAGAGCUAAUGAGAAUUUCACUAAACCAAUUAGCACACUGCGCUUGGAGGUGAAAUAUCAUCUCAACAACAUGCUGCAAUUUAAGAUCUAUGAUUAUCAGAACGCCCGAUACGAGGUUCCGGUGCCACUCAACCUGCCGCGCUCCCCCGCGGGCACGGAGAAGGGGCGGCUCUACGACGUGUCCCUCCAGGUGAAACCUUUUGGGAUUCAGGUUCGGCGCAGAAGCACAGGAGCAGUCAUCUGGGAUUCAGCACUGCCCACCUUCACCUUCAGCGACAUGUUCAUCCAGAUUUCUACCCGCUUACCAUCCCAGUAUAUCUAUGGAUUUGGAGAGACUGAGCACACCAUGUUCAGAAGGAACAUGAGCUGGCACACCUGGGGAAUGUUCACCAGGGACGAGGCUCCUACUUACAAACUGAAUUCCUAUGGUUAUCAGCCAUUUUACAUGGCUCUUGAGGAAGAGGGCAAUGCCCAUGGAGUUCUCUUGCUUAACAGCAAUGCAAUGGAUGUGACAUUCCAGCCGACCCCCGCCCUGACGUACCGCACCACUGGAGGAAUUCUUGACUUCUACAUGGUUUUGGGCCCAACACCAGAACUUGUUGUCCAGGAGUACACUGAACUGAUUGGACGACCGGUCAUGCCACCCUACUGGGCUCUGGGAUUCCAAUUGUGCCGCUUUGGAUACAGCAACGACUCAGAAGUUGCCCAGCUGGUGGAGAGCAUGAAGGCAGCCAGGAUUCCCUAUGAUGUCCAAUAUGUUGAUAUUGACCACAUGGAAAGGCAAAUGGACUUCACCAUCAGCCCACACUUUGCUGGAUUACCUGCUCUGAUCAAGAAAAUAAAAGAAGAAGGAAUGAGAUUUAUCAUUAUCCUGGAUCCAGGCAUCUCUGGAAAUGAAACCAAUUAUCCUCCCUUCUCAAGAGGUGUGCAGGAUGAUGUCUUCAUAAAGUGGCCCAAUACCAAUGACAUCAUAUAUUCCAAGGUCUGGCCAUUUCUUCCCAAUGUACAAAUCAACGAGUCACUGCCUCUGCCCACCCAAAUCCAGCUCUAUGGAGCACAUACUGCUUUCCCAGACUUCUUCCGCAAUUCCACAGUGAACUGGUGGAAGAGAGAGAUCCUGGAGUUCUACAACAAUCCCACCGACCCCUCGAGAAGCAUCAAGUUUGAUGGCCUGUGGAUUGACAUGAAUGAACCAGCAGCUCUUAUGAAUGGUGCCAUUGGUGGCUGCAGAAAUGACCUCCUCAACAUGCCACCAUAUAUGCCACAUUUGGGAUACAGAUCAGAUGGAUUAACUGUCAAAACUCCAUGCAUGGAAGGCCAACAGUAUCUUCCAGAUGGCACCCCAGUGAGACACUAUGAUGUCCACAGUCUUUAUGGAUGGUCACAAACAAAACCUACCCUAGAAGCUGUGCAAAGUGCCACCAAGGAGCGUGGGAUCGUUGUCAGCCGCUCCACGUACCCCAGCAGCGGCAGAUGGGCAGGACACUGGCUGGGUGACAACACGGCAGCUUGGGAUCAGCUACCCAAGUCAGUCAUUGGUAUGAUGGAGUUCAGUCUCUUUGGAAUAUCUUACACAGGAGCUGACAUCUGUGGCUUCUCCAAAGACUCGGAGUACGAGCUGUGUGUUCGCUGGACGCUGCUGGGCGCCUUCUACCCAUACUCGAGGAACCACAAUGAGAAAGUAACCAGGAGGCAAGAUCCUGUUUCCUGGAACUCUACAUUUGAGGAUAUUUCCAGGAAGGUGCUGAACAUCAGAUACACCCUGUUACCCUACCUCUACACACUGCUGUAUGAAGCCCACGCCCACGGCAGCACUGUGGUCCGGCCCAUGCUCCAUGAGUUUGUGGAAGACAGAACCACCUGGGACAUCUAUGAGCAGUUCCUCUGGGGGCCUGCACUGCUCAUCAGCCCUGUGAUGCAAAAGGGUGCUGUGGCAGUGAAUGCCUACAUCCCUGGAGCCCGCUGGUACGAUUACUACACAGAUGAAGACAUUGGCUUUAGGGCACAAUUCAAAGUUUUACCAACUCCUUUGGACCACAUCAACCUGCACAUCCGAGGGGGACACAUCCUUGCUUGGCAAACACCUGCUAAUACAACUUAUUACAGCCGGAAGAACCCACUGGGCCUCACUGUGGCUUUGGAUGACAACCAGUUUGCAGAAGGACAGCUGUACUGGGAUGACGGGGUUCGCAUCGAUGCAUAUGAAGAUGGUGUGUAUCUGCUAACAUCAUUUACUGCUAAAAAGACUGUUUUAGAUAUCCAGGUCUCCCAUCAUGGUUACACUGACCCAAACAACCUGAAGUUCAGUGAGAUUAAAGUCCUGGGGGUUCCCACCAGCGUCAAGCAGGUGACGGUGUCGCAGAACGGCGGGGCCAUCCCCUCCCCUCACACCGUGAACUACAACGCAGCCAAGAAGAGUGUCAUCUUGAGAAUACUUUUUGAUAAACAAACAUACCAGUUACAGUCAGUUCCUAUGAAG